UCUUUGCUAACAUAUUGUCAAGAUAAUGGCAAACUCCAAGUAUUCUGUUGAACUGAAUGAUUUUUUUAAAGACAUGGGUCGGCUCACUUUGGUACAGUUAUACUUGAAGCAAAGCAUAGAGUCGUUCGUUUCUCGUUGUGAAAUGCUGAUCCCAAAAAUUAAGGAUAGAUUUUUCCGUUCUAAGAUUCCAAUGAUUCAUACUUUGGCAUCAGUGAUUAUGCCAUUUGAAAUGCAUAUCUAUGGGAGCUCAGUUGAAGGCCUGGGUUGCUGCACUCGGUACGAUAUGGGAGAUAUUGAUAUUAUGCUGUGCCCAACAGAAGAGGAAGCAAUACUUGACGAGUCCAUGUUAGACUAUGUCGAUGGUGAGCCUGCUUUUGUUCGUGUUCGUGGUAAAGAUCAUCCACUACUGCAGAAAUGUUUGCAUGGAGAGACGAACUUUGUCGCUACUUCUACUCUUAAGGAAAUGGACUCGACGUUCUUUGGGUGGGCAUCCAUGUUAAUAAAGAUCAUAAUGAAGGUUUUUGGAUCGUUUUUGCAACACCACACGCCAGAUUUUGAAGUGCCUAAUCUAUCUGAAGGUCUCGAGAAUGACGGUCCUUCCUUUACGUUAGAAUUUCUUUCAAAAUCGUCUGGAACAAAGCAUCAAAUACCCAUUGAGUCCAUUGCAGACGUGGUACCUGAUUAUCCUAAAGUGCCAAAUAUCCAACGAUUCUCAGCCAAAGAAAUUUCUGUUGUAGAUGCAACUCCCUGUACCAGGAAGGUAUAUGAUAUUAUUUCGACUGUGAAAGCAAAUCCCACUAAUGAGGAACUGUUGAAAGCAAUUGGUGUCGAGAAAUUCUUCAAUACGAUUUUGCAGUCGAUCGAUAUAUGGAAAGAGCUAAAGUAUGAGUUGUAUGAAGCGGAACAAGAAGACAAAGACACCUUUGAUGAAGAAUUUAUGACAGACAUUUUAUCGACGUUCAUGAAAUCUCUUCAAGCUCGUCAACCUUGGGACAUGCAAAAACAAGAGAAAGUGCUUCAGGAGAAACCAAUGAAAAGAGGAUUCGAUGUCGUACCUUCUUUCAAAGUCAAAGGAUGGCCUCAAGUGGCACAGGGCUGGUUUGAGCGUGAUCGAAAAUGGCCAAGUUUUGAAGCCUUAUCGAAUAUUAGGAAAGGUGGAUUCCAUUUGGUGUUCAAGUCACCGAAACAUGGCAACACAACACCACAUCUCGAUUUUCGUUUGUCCUUCUCACACGCCGAGUUACUUUUGAGUAAGGAACUGAAUGACAUACAACGAGAGUGCUAUAGAUGUCUCAAGUUAUUCUACAAGGUUUUGAAUCAAAACCAAGAGCCCAAGAUAAUCUCGUCGUACGUUCUCAAGACAACACUGUUAUGGACGGUUGAGAAUACAGGCGUGGAAGAAUGGAAUGAGAAUAACCGCGCAUCGUGCAUGAUGAUGCUACUGGAGAAACUUCACCACAGUCUUGAGACGAAGUUUCUUCCGCAUUAUUUUAUCCCAGAGUUUAAUCUGCUCGAAGAAGCUGUCAUCGAAUAUCCACAGCAGUUGCAAAACCUGGCAGGCGAAGUCCGGGAAAUUUGCGACAACCCAGCAGUAGAAUCGUAUCAAAAGAAGCUGAUAACAGCUGAAAUAAACUCAUCGUCAAGUGAAGAAUUCAAAGAGAAAUCAGAAUCUCCCCCUGAAGGCCUGGUGAAGCAAAGUGGGACAUUUCAAUUCAAAGCGAUGCCUAAAAAAGAGUUUGCAGAACUUUAUUUUGACGUCUCAAAAGAAAUAGCUUCUUGGGUUAAAUGCGGCCGGUACAGUGACGUGGAAGAGCCCACGAUGCAGAGCAUCGUUUCCUUUUUGCACAAGAAAGUAAAGCUUGCACUUGGUUUGGAUCCCCCAUCUUCCUCUGAUGAUAAAGAAUCCUGUGAAUAUUCUGAAUCCUCAGAACUUGGUUCGGAGUCCUCAGAGUACUCUGAAUCUUCUGAAGUUGAUGGUUUGAUACGUGAGGUGAUGGAAGAAUAUCUCCCGGACUUAGAUUACACAUAUAUAUUUUUUCAUGUGGCAUAUAAAGGACGGUUGGACCCUAGAGAGAGAAUGCUGUAUGUGAUUAAAACCGGUAUUGAAUUGUUUGGAUCUAAAAAUGAAGAGAAAAAGGAUUAUAAAAAUAUUCUUCGGUACUUUGUGAAAACUAAUCAAAGCUUUUUUGAAGAAUCCGUUGAAGCAGCUCUUGAUCACGCUCUGAGAGCGUAAAGUCGGGCUAGUCAGAGAAUGGGAAGGGUGUCUCUAACCGAACAUAUCACCGGCAGGUUAACUCACUGGCUUUUGUUCCCCACAAAAUAACGCACAUGUAUGUCCUUGAUGGCAAACAAAGGACAGAACAAAAACAUAUACGCAUAUAUCCUUUAAAACCUUGACAGUCUACAAUAGUACAUCAUCGUAAGUUAAUACAGCAUUUUGCUUGACUUAUAUACUAGUACUUUUGCUUACUGAGAAUCAUAACAUAAAUAUAACAUAGCAUAUACUGAUAUUUUAGAGGUGUAGUAUUGUAAUUGGUUACAAUUGCAGUUUUCAUUAUUAUUUUAUAAAGCAGAUUCCUUUAUCUAACUGUCAUGCAUUUCUUAAGAAUGUAUGAUCUAAGCACGGUUCAUAAUAUGUACAGCCAUGCAGUGAUUCAAAUGAAAUUUUUGAAUGGUCACUUCUAACAUAUAAAUUCUGAAAGUAGUCCAUAAGUGUAGUACAGUUAUUAAUUACAAGAAGUACACCAAGUACCUUGAAGAUGUGGUAAGCCAAGCAAAUCUCUUACAUGAGAAUUGCAUAGCAUUUCCAAAAGGCAUACAAAAUUCAAAAUCUAUGCUUGAUGAUAUAUCGUGUAAGUUACCAGUAUAACAUGGGUUGUAUUGUCUCAUCAUUUUGUUCAACUAUAUUGACUGCAUUAGACAACUCUGUUAAUAAUAGGUACUUUUGGUUAUAUACUCUAGACAGUAUAGUAUAACUCAUUCCAAACAAUUGCAUUAUGUUUUCUAGGUCCACAGAAGAAGUUAUUGCAUUAAGGCA